GUGUGCCAUUUAGCGUGUGCUUGAAAAAACUAAGAAGAAAUUUGUGUCAAAUUUUAUAAAAAGAAGAUAAAUACGUUAAUGUAUUCAUACAUAACCUCCAAAUAAUAGUAUCACUAUUGUUUUGGUGAAUAGUUAUGAGUCUGUAGGUACUAAUUUUAAAUUGUCGGUAUAAGUUAAAAGUAUGAUAUCAAGAAAUUCGAUAAUAUUAUUUUAUAAAAAUUCAACAUAUUUGUCGGUAAAAUUUUCUACGCAUUAUUCAAGUCCAAAUAUACCUUCCCAGGCGCAUGUUGUUAUUGCUGGAGCAGGUGUUGUUGCUAAUUCGGUAGCCUACCACUUAGUUCAAAACGGCUGGAAAGAUGUAAUGUUAAUAGAACAAGGUACGAUAGGUAGUGGAACUUCUCAUUUUGGUUCAGGAACUCUGGGAUUGUUUAAACCUAUUCAACAUAGAAAUCUGAUUUGGUAUAGUAUAAAAUUAUACAAAGAGUUACAACAAAUGGGAUAUGAUUUACAAAUGAAGAAGACUGGAAGUAUCAAUAUAGCUCAGACCAAAGAUAGAUUAAUUGCACUUAAACGAAGAAUGGCAUAUAAUAUUCCUACAGGAUUACAUUGUGAACUGGUUAGUAAAGAUAAAUUGCAAGAAUUUCACCCAUAUUUAAGAGUAGAUGACAUUGAAGGAGCUGUGUGGGUUCCAGAAGAUGGAGUUAUAGAUCCAACAUCAGUUUGUGAUACUCUUGCAAGUUUGGCUCAGCAAGGAGGUGCUAAAUACAUAGAAUAUACUAGUGUUAAGAGGAUUCUAACAAAAAACAGAAGAGUUUAUGCCAUUGAAACUGAUAAAGGCAAUGUCUUUUGUGACUAUUUUGUUAACUGCACUGGAAUGUGGGCUCGCGAGUUAGGUCUUCAAUGUGAUCCACCAGUUAGUAUACCUGCAUACCCAGCCCAACAUUUUUAUGCUACUACGGGUCCACUACCACAAGUAAAUGAAGAAUAUUUGCCAAUUGUUAGAGAUUACGAUGCACAAACAUAUAUCCGUAGCUAUGGAAAUGGCUUGAUGGUAGGUUGGUUUGAAUUAGAAGCCAAACCAGCUUUUGAACAGAAAAAAGUACCAAAAAACUGGAAAGACCACAUAACUAAAGAUUUCAAUCAUUUCCGACCCUUAUGGGAAAAGGCUGUAAAUCGGGUACCAAUGUUAAAAGAUUGUACUAAAACAGAAUUGACGAAUUCUCCUGAUAAUUUUACUCCUGAUGGCCGUUGGAUAUUGGGAGAAUCUUCAGAAGUAAAAAAUUAUUUUGUUGCCUGUGGAAUGAAUGGAAAUUCUCUACAGGGUGCUGGUGGGAUAGGUAAAGCAGUUGCUGAUUGGAUCAUUGAAGGAAAACCAAAACAAGAUUUAUUGCCUUUUAAUGUGCAGAGAUUCUUGAAUGUGCACAAUAGUAGACUUUAUUUGCAACAAAGAACAAAAGAGGUUGUUGGACGACAUUACUCCAUUCUGUACCCUUUCCAAUGUGAGUACAAGUAUGCAAGAAAACUGCGUUGUUCACCUUUGUAUAGUGUGCUGGAGACAAAAGGGGCGGUGUUUGGAAUAAAAAUGGCAUAUGAACGAGCUCUCUAUUUCGAUUCAACAUAUAAGAAAGGAGAUAAGAAACCAGAAAUGCCACAAGGCUCAUAUUUUAAACCAAAGUUUUUUGAUUUUAUGAAAGAGGAAUAUUUAGCAUGCAAAGAAGGUGUUGGUGUCAUUGAUAUGUCUUCUUUUUCGAAAAUAUUACUUAAGUCAGGAGGAUUGGAAAUUGUAGAGUAUUUGCAACGUCUCUGUGCAAAUGAUAUUGAUAUACCUCUAGGUACCAUAAUUCAUACUGGUAUGCAUAAUGAAAGAGGAGGUUAUGAAAAUGACUGUAUGUUGAUAAGGCAAAGCGAAAAUUGUUUUUUUAUGAUAUCACCAACUAGUCAGCAAACAAGAGUUUUUGAUUGGGUAACUAGAAAUCUUCCUAAUAAUUCCACAAUAGAUGUUAAUGAUGUGACUUCAAUGUAUACGGUUAUCAAUGUAGUUGGCCCAAAGGCGGUGGCUCUUUUGAGCGAGUUAUCAAAUACUGACAUGAAGUUUGCUCCAUUUUUAUGUAAAAAAGUUAAUGUUGGAUAUGCAUCUGAUGUCAUGGUUAUGUCAUUUACUCACACUGGUGAGCCUGGAUUUUGUCUAUACAUUCCUUCUGAGUAUGCUCUUCAUGUGUAUUAUAAAUUAAUGACUGUUGGACGAGAUUUUGGAGUUAGAGAUGUUGGAACAUUCACUCAACGUCUUAUGAGAAUUGAAAGAUUUAUACCUUUUUGGGCAGAAGAAUUAAAUAGCUUCACUACUGCUUUUGAAGCAGGAAUUGGUUUCACUGUACGUCUGGAAAAAAAGGAGAAUUUUACUGGUAAAGCUGCUUUACAAAAACAGAAAGAUCAGGGUGUUAAAAAGCAAUUGGUAUUUUUCUAUUUAAAUGACAUCGACCAUGACGAAGAUGUGUGGCCUUGGGGUGGAGAACCUAUUUAUAGAAAUAAUGAAUAUGUUGGACAUGUUACUUCAUCAGGAUAUGGGUUUGCUGCCAAUAAAUUGAUUUGUCUUGGAUAUAUUCGUCAACCGAAAUCAUCAAAUACUACAAUAGUGACAAGCGAAUAUAUUCUAGCAAAAAAUGCCAAAUAUGAAAUCGAUAUAGCUGGACAUCGAUUCAGGCUUACUCCUCAUCUUCGAGCUCCAAUAAUAGGAACUGCAGUUAAUCAGAAUAGUAAAUAUCGUCCAACAGCUGUUAAGUACAAUUUAUAGUGAUUUGUUACAAUGCGUCAUUCAAAAAUCUCAAAUGAACCAAACGUUCAUCAUACAGUACUAGUGCAGUUUAUUAUUAUAACAUAGUCUCAAUAUACUAAUCUAAUGAUUUUUGCACUUUGAAAUUAUUCUCAUAAUCUUUUGUUCAUACAUUCACGCAUGUAUUUGAAAGUUGCGACUUGAGUAUGUAACAAAAGAAAUAAAUUUCAUUAUUAUUA